AGUGUUCGCCCUUUGGAUCGAUUGUAACCCACAACAUCACCCUCGACUUUGGUCGAAAGCAUCCUCAUACCAUGUCCCUGCCCAGCGAUCCCACCACCCGUCCUCCCUUCUCAGGGUUUACGGCCCCUCCCCGCUCUUCCUCGGCCGCCGCCGGCUGGACUAAACCGUCGUCCUCGGCAAACGCCGGUCUGGCUCCAUCAUCGGGCUUCUUCCCACAGCCCCUUCCGACACAGACACAGCCCAUCCUGGUCCCGCAGAGCCUGAACCCCACGAUCAUCAAUCCCCCGGCCUCGGUGCCGACCUUUGCACUGAUCCUCCCGACCCUGGAGCGCUCGAUGCAGCAUCCCGACCUCGACCUCGGUGCUGCACUGCCGGCCGAACGUCACCUUGGCCCACUCAACCGAAGGUCCUGUCUAUGUUGCCUCGCCCUUUGCCCAACCCGGCCAGGAGCACUACAUCCUCACCGUUCCCUCCGGUGCCAUCGGAACAAUCCCGUCGCCCACCGGCACUUCGUUCGGCUCGCCGGUCUCGUUCUACAGCAGCCACUCGCCCUCCGUCUCGCCCUCGUCACCCUUCUACGACGGCUCCUUCGAGCACCGGCUCGUAAAUUUCCAGGACUCGUUCGCACACGACCACCACAACGGCUCCGUGUCCGACGCCACCCACGAUGACCACCUGCACAGCAUCAACCUUGGCCACGGCUUCGACUCGUCAAUACCGAUAGACGACCCCAGCCUGGCGACCUUCCCUUACUCGUCCCCCGACCAAAAAGGCUACCUGAUCGCCCAGGACUACUGCUCCACGCCGGAUCUGAGAUUCCGCCCGAGC